CGGCGAACUCACCACAAACGUGGCUUUAGAAUCUAAACGAAAACCAGAACGACCGCGUUUGACGACUCCAUACCGUGAGUAUACCUCUGAAAUCGUCUGUUUUGCAUCAUGGCGGAUGAAAAACGCGUCGUCUAUCUUGAGGAUGUGGAAUCCACCGUAAUUUCAGUUCAAUCCAAUGCGCUCAGUGGCAAGGAGGGAACCGAGGACACGGUGAUAGCUACCACAACAGGGACGAAGAGGCAGCGCACUCUGAUGGAUAUGUUUCCAGGAUCUCAGACUGACAAAGGGUCACAACCAGCGGCGAAGAAGAUGAAGCUGACCGCUUCGGGGUCCAGCUCAAACUUGAACAAAAUAACAACCAGACUGGGGACUCAGCGCCUGAACUCCAUCCCAUUUUCUUUAUCUCAGUACAUAGCUUCUUUACCAGAAGAGCACAAGGACCUCCUGAAGUUGGAGUGUGACUGCAUGGGAAAGAGUUGGCUCAAGGUGCUCAAAGAUGAGAUCAAAAAGCCCUACUUCAUAUCACUAAAGCGGUUUCUAUGGGAAGAAGGUGUCAAAGGCCCCAGUGAUAGUGCCAAAACACUCAAGGUGUAUCCAUCCCCGAGAAACAUCUAUUCAUGGUCUAAUACACCGCUAGGAAAAGUAAAAGUUGUGAUAGUGGGGCAAGACCCUUACCACGGCCCUAAUCAGGCGCAUGGGCUCUGCUUCUCCGUGCCGAAAGGUGUGGCAGUCCCACCAUCCUUAAGGAAUAUAUACGCCGAGAUCAAGGCAGAGUACCCUGCAUUUGAGCCACCAAAGCAUGGCAACCUAGCGACGUGGGCAGAUAAUGGCGUCCUCAUGCUCAACACCUGUCUGACCGUAAAGGCUGGCCAGGCUGGCUCCCAUUCUGGCAAAGGCUGGGAAGAAUUUACUGAUAAAGUGGUCGAUGUCGUGGAUAGGUAUGGCGGCGCCAAUCUUGCGAACGGGGACUCCGACGUCAGCGGAAUUGGUCGCGGUGUCGUUUUUCUAGCAUGGGGAGCCUGGGCUGCGAAACGGGUUGCCAAGUUGAACGAGACGAAACAUCUGAUACUCAAGAGCGCUCAUCCCUCCCCUUUCAGUGCACACAAAGGGUUUAUAGGAAACGGCCAUUUUAAGACGGCGAACGAGUGGCUAGAGAGGAGAUACGGGCGCGAGGGCACGGUAGACUGGUGCGAUCUGGACAAACCGGUGACUGACGAGAGUGCGUGAUGGCAGACGUCACUGCAAUGACUUUCAAGGAAGAUGCCAUGCUAAUUGUAGAUACCAAGUUUUCGACAAAGUACAGUGCUAACAAAGUGAGAUAGCGGUUGCACCUGGGUUAGAUGGGCUUGCGAAAUCAUGAUUA